ACUGGAGCCAGCAAAGGAUAUGCAUUUAUUGAGUUUGAGUCUGAUGAUGUGGCUAAGAUUGUUGCAGACACCAUGAACAACUACCUGUUUUCAGAGAGGCUGCUCAAGUGUGAGUUCAUGCCUCCUGAAAGGGUCCACGAGCACCUGUUCAAGGACUGCAAGAGACUGUUCCGGAAGCCUUCCCAGCCAGCAGUGCUGAGGUACAACCGUGUCCGCUCCCUCCUCCAGAAGGCCAGGAUGGCCAAGCGGCUGCUGAGGAAGGAGAGGCUGUUAAGGAAGAGGCUGGCUGAGAAGGGGCUCGACUAUGACUUCCCAGGAUUUGCUGCACAGGAGCUUUGCAUAAAGAUGAAAAACAUCAAAACAUCCAAGAAAGCAAAACUGAAUGUUUCUCUGAGCAGCCAGGAUCCUACUCCAGUCUGUACUCCAGCAGUGCUCAAGCACAGGAAAGCUACUCUGGUGGGUGAUGAUGCAGAGGAUAAUGAAGUAACUUUCAAACUUCCCCCUGCCAGUGUUAAGAAUGCUAUGCAGAAACCAAAAAAGCAGCGAAGGAAAAAAACAAACCUGAAGAAACAGAAACAGACUUAA